AUGUAUCUACUAUCCCCAACGUCCGUGGCUCACUCAGCAUUAGGAGGCGCCAACGGAAUCGGAGCGAGUCUGGUAGAAUACUGCUGUCAGCAAGGAGCGUAUGUUUGCUUCGGCGAUGUCGCUGAGGAUGCGGGAAAUCAGAUCGCUCAGUCGCUGUGCUCAUCCGCCUCAUCGUCAUCAUCACCACGAGCCAUCUUCCAGCACACCGAUGUCACUAGCUACCAAUCCGUACUCGGUCUUUUUGACCUGGCGCUCAAGACAUAUGGUCGCAUUGAUCAUGCUGUUGCCUGUGCAGGUAUCAUGGAGAUUGGCAACUUGUUCGACCCCGCCUUGACGCUGGAGACAGUUCGUGAGGCGCCUACGACCAAAGUCCUCGAUGUCAAUCUGACGGGCUGUCUCUAUGUUGCUCGCAUCGCCAGCGUGUACUUGCGCCAGGACCGCCCGGAAAAUGCAGAUCGGUCUAUUACUCUCAUCUCCUCGGUCGCUGGAUUCAAGGAAUCUCCCGGAAUGUUUGUUUACCAAGCUUCCAAACAUGGAGUGCUCGGUCUGAUGCGUUCACUGCGUUUGUACCUAUCUUCUCCAACCCAUCGCAUCCGAGUCAACGCCAUCUGCCCAUGGAUGACCACCACGGCCAUGGUCAAGGGUGUGCAAGAAGCUUGGAUGAAGGCAAAAUUACCUUGCAACACCCCCGCCGACGUUGCCCACAUCAUCGCCGGCGUCCUGGCAGAUUCAUCGCUUAAUGGCAAGUCCAUGUACGUCGAAGGAGGGAGAGGAUGGGAGAUUGAGGCGAACCUUGAUCGAUUGGAACCCCAGUGGUUGGGUGAAGAACCGUCGCGGUCUCUGGCGCAGGGACAGGCAGUGCUCGGCAGUGGCAUGGAUUGGGCUCAAUAG